UGGCAUGUUAAAAAAAAUUAGUUGGGUACUCCUAAGUCCUAACCUAGUUAUAAUAUUUUAUUUAAUCGCUAACUUAUCAGAAUUUAUUUUAUUUUUAACCAAAUUGUUGAGUGGAUCAUAUGUAAUAUUGUGUUAAUGCGACAUCGCUAUGAUAUAUGGAUUUAAUCAGUGCAUUCGUUUCGUCCAUUCAUUGUUAAGUCUAUCAAAAACAAAAAGUAUGAAUAUUAAUAAAUGUUAUUUUAGGCACAUUGAAAAUGAAGACAAAAUUGAUAUUUCAUUUCUAUUUAAUGUUAAAAAUACACUGAGACAAUUCAAUUUAAGUAGAAAAUCAAGUGAAGGUAUUCAAAGUUUAUGUACACGUAUUGGAACGAAUGUACAAAAAGUAGUUAACAAGAAGGAAAAAAAGAAAGCAAUGAGUGAUGAAUCAAAUAUAGCUGUACAAAUAUUUGAUGAAAAACAUAAUGUUGUUCCUGAUGUGUACACAUGUAUUCAACUAUUUCAGUUAGGUCCAUUAAAACUAAAAAUCUCAGACCAAUUCUAUGAAUUAGUAUUUAAUGCACCUUGGGUAAUUAAUUUUAAUUUACCCAAGUGUAUUUUGAUCGGAUUUCCUGUUUAUCCUGAGAAUUUAGAAACAAAGUAUGCAGAUAAGUCUUUAUGUAUAUUUAAUUGGUAUCGAGCUAAAGAUGUGACUGAAAGUGGUAAUCCUAUUAAAGAAAGUCACAUUAACUGGGAAUUUAUUGUAAACACAUUUUACUAUACUCCUACCUUAGCAGAUAUAGGAAUGAAACUCAAACUAGAAUGUAUUCCAAAAAAUAUUAACACUAUAGGACCUAGUGUGGAGAUGAUAUCAAAAAGUUGUGUUGAAGCAGGUCCAGGCCCAUGUCCAUUUGAAACUAGACAUCUGUUUACUCAAAAUAAGUUAAAAAAUGAGAGUUUUCGAUGUGUAUCAUACAACAUAUUGGCAGAUUUAUAUUGUGAUUCAGAUUAUACAAGGACAGUGUUGCAUCCAUAUUGCCCUCCUUAUGCUCUAGAAAUUGACUACAGGAAGCAACUUAUACUGAAAGAGUUGCUGGGUUACAAUGCCGAUAUAAUCUGUUUGCAAGAGGUUGAUAAAAAAGUUUUUGAUUAUUCACUAAGCUGUUUUCUGGAAAAUGAUGGCUUUAAAGGAUUAUUUUACAAAAAAGGAAAAUCUGUAGCUGAGGGCUUGUCAUGUUUCUACAGAGAGAACAGAUUUAGAUGCAUUGGGGAUAAGAAAAUAUUGUUAGCUGAUGCAAUUCAAACUGAAUCAUAUUUAAAGCCAAUUUGGGAUGCUAUAGAAAAAUUUGAUAGAUUAAAGGAAAGAUUGCUAGAUAGGUCUACAGUUGCAAGUGCAACAAUUUUACAUUCUUUAGAUAAUGAAAAGGAAAUACUUAUUGUUGGUAACACGCAUUUAUACUUCCACCCUGACGCAGAUCACAUUCGACUUAUCCAAGGAGGAAUUGUUAUACAAUGGCUGGAAAAUAUUCUUAAAUUAUUACAGGUAGAGCAUACAGACAAGCGAAUAUCCAUAAUUCUAUGUGGCGACUUUAACAGUGACCCAUCUUCUGGAAUUUACAAGUUAUAUACAACUGGCAACGCUCCAAGUACUUUACCAGAUUGGAAAUCAAAUCCUGAUGAAUCUGUUAGUCAUUUAAGUCUCUCGCAAGGUAUUCUGCUAGGUAGUGCAUGUGGUACACCUCAGUACACAAAUUUUACAGAAGGUUUUGCAGAUUGCCUUGAUUACAUAUAUUUCGAUAAAAAUAAUCUUGAAGUGGAACAGGUGGUGCCUUUUCCAAGUGUGGAAGAAUUAAAAGCACAUACAGCCUUACCCAGCAUAGUUUUUCCAUCAGAUCAUAUAGCAGUUGUAUCUGACAUAAAAUUUAAACAACAAUAAAAACGUAAAAAGGAUGUAACUUAUUGUAGAAAAUAAAUGAAAUGGAUAUAAAUAUUUAA